AUCUUCAAAAAAUCAGGUUAAAUUUAAAAAAAUGUUCAUAAAAGCAUUGUUGGUUGUAUUGGUGUCCGUUUCCGCUUAUGCUAAACCGAAUGGUUAUGGCUUUGCUGAUUCAAUCUAUGGUGGUCUUUCCCAUUAUCCAUCAUACAGUUAUGGUGUGAAAGAUCAUGUUGUCCAUCAUCAUACUGAACAAAAAGUUAUCCAACCAGUUGUUCAUCCACAACCGUACUAUCAACCAAUCGUUAAAAGUGUACCAGCUCCGUAUCCAGUACAUGUUCCAUAUCCGGUUGCUCAACCUUAUCCAGUUAUUAAAAAAGUUCCAGCUCCAUAUCCAGUCGUAAAAGAAACCAUACGACCUUAUCCACAACCAGUACCAGUUCCAGUUACCAAAGAAGUUUAUCGUGAUGUUGUUCAAAAAGUUCCGGUCCCACAACCAUAUCCAGUUCAUGUAUCAGUUCCAGUUCCACAACCUUAUGAAGUUAUUAAAAAAGUUCCACAACCAUAUGAAGUAAUCAAAAAAGUUCCACAACCAUACGAAGUUAUCAAAGAAGUUGUCAAACAUGUUCCAGUUAUCAAAGAAGUUGUCCGUCAUCAACCAUACCCUGUACACCAACCAUACGAAGUUGUUAAAGAAGUUAGAGUACCAGUCGAAGUUGUCAAAGAAGUUCCAGUACCUGUUGAACAUAUUCGACAUGUUCCCGUUCCUAUUGCUAAGCCAGUAGAAGUGUUGAAACAUGUUGAAGUUUUACAGGAAAGAGUAAACAAAAUUAUUCGCGAUCAACCAUAUGAAGUUCCAAUUGUUAAGAAAUAUGCCGCUCCAGUUCCACUGGUUGUAAGUUUGUCGGUUAUUGCUUCAUGCAAACCGGCUCCAUACGGAAUGGCCGCUCCAUAUGGUUUUGGUGUACAUGGCGCUAUGCCAUACAUAGGUAAUUCGUACAAUACUUAUAGCCAAAAAAUUGUCCAAGUUCCAGUUGCUCAACCAUAUCCAGUUCCAGUUGUUAAGACUGUUGCACAACCGGUUCCAUAUAAAGUUCCAGUUCCGCAACCUUAUCCAGUUCCAGUUGUUAAAACUGUUGCUGAACCAACUCCAUACAUUCAACAAGUUUAUAAAGAUGUACCAUACCCACAACCAUAUCCAGUUGUAAACCAUGUUUACAGAGAUGUUAUCCGAAAAGUUCCAUAUGGUGUUCCACAACCAUACACCGUCAAAGUUCCAGUUCCACAACCUUACCCAGUUGAACGAAUUGUACCAGUUCCACAACCAAUCGAAAAACUCGUUCCAGCACCGUAUCCAGUUGAACGAAUCGUCGUCAAAGAAGUUCCAGUCGAACAGAUUGUAGAAAGAAUCGUCAAAGUUCCACAACCAGUUCCAGUUCCUGUUGAAAAAAUUGUCAAAGUACCAUAUGAAGUUAUUCGAACUGUUGAAAAACCUUAUCCAGUCGAACGAGUUGUCAAAGUUCCACAACCUUUUGCAGUACCGGUUGAACGAAUCGUACCAGUUGUCAAAGAAGUUGUUCGUGAUGUUUAUAUUGAUCGACCAGUUCCAGUUCCAACGGUUAAAAAAAUUAUCGAACCUUAUCCAGUUUAUCAACAAAAAGUUUUGGACUAUAAAUCAUCUUAAGUGUAUUGAUUUAAAUACUGCCGUACAAAAUAUUGUACAACAGAUGAAAUCAA